AUGGCAUCACAAAGCCUCGUGGCAGGGGAGCCCAGAACUGGGACCAGUCAUGCCAUGAAACUGGAUGGAAGAGGUGACUUCAUGCCAAAUGGUCUCAACAUGUUUUGUCCUCCGAGCUGGUAUUCCUUGGAGAUGGCUAUAAAAGAUCGAAUUAAGUAUUUCCAGAGGAAGCUGGUCUAUAGGUGGAAGUAUGAUUCUAGUUGCUUGAACAGUGUGCAGUAUUCCUGGAAGGAACUGAUGGAGGCGACGCACAGGCGGUGCCGAGGGCUCUCUGGCCUGAGGAAUCUCGGCAACACCUGCUACAUGAAUGCAAUUUUGCAGUGCCUCUGCAGUGUGCCACCUCUUGUGGAGUAUUUCCUCUCAGGAAAGUACAAAACAGCCCUACACAUGGAGAAUGCUGAGUCUGCAACUGCCUUUGGCUGUUUGAUGUGUGAUAUGUGGCUGGGAGAAUUUGACUCGGUUUCCCCAGUGGAUUUUCAUUCAGCCCUGAGGAAGCAGUACCCAUUUUUUAGCAUAGGAAUUCAGCAGGAUGCACAGGAGUUUCUGAUCUGUGUGUUGAAUGGGCUUCACGAGGCUCUCAAGAAGAGAUGCAUAAAAGAUGCAAAAGCAAGCAGAGAGGGUGCCAGUGAGACAUCUAUUAUCACACAGCUGUUUGAGGGACAGCUCAGUUACAACAUCACAUGUCUGGAAUGCAGGGCCACCACCAACAGGCCUGAGAGCUUUACUGUUCUCUCCCUGCCCAUUGCUUCUAAGACAUCAUGCUCUCUGCAGGAUUGUCUCAAGUGCUUCUUUCAGCAAGACACACUGACUCACAACAACCAAAUCCACUGUUCCUGCUGUGGAAGCAAACAAGAUGCUGCAGUAAAGGGCACCAUCACUAAGGCACCGCAGAUCAUUAUCUUUCACCUAAAGAGGUUUGCAUGGCAAGGCAAGCAGAAAAGGAAACUCUCAACCACCAUCAGUUACCCACUCGGCAACCUGGAUCUCUCCCCCUACAGUUCCCCACUUCUCUGCAAGGAUGCAGACUACAGUCUGUCAGCUGUAGUGAACCACUCUGGUUUUCUGGAUGAUGGCCACUACACAGCAUUCUGCAAGCACUCGAUCACCCAGACCUGGUACAGCUUUGAUGAUGACCAGAUCACCAAGAUUCCAAAUUCCUCAGUGCAGAGUGACACAGCUUAUCUCCUGUUCUACACCUGCAGGCCUUCUCUGCACCCACUAAAUAUUUGAUAGCCAUGGAAAACAGAGGUAAUUUCUAGUGAGAAGACUUUUAC